AUGGACGACGGACGCGUGAAUCGAUUCGUCGAGCGCGAGAGCGGCGCGAAGAGGAGCGAGCGCGCGGUGGUUGGAUUUUGGCAGACGUUCGCCGCGCGCGCGAGCGAGGCGAGACGGAAACACUUCGAUGGACGCAAGACGGUGAGCUCGAAGGAUGGGACAAAGGCGAAGUGA